AUGGGCACGCGGGGGAUACAGCCGGUGGAAUCCGAGAAACUCGAUUGGAACAGCCAAACAGAGGCUAUAGCGCAAGAUUCUACAGACGACCUCAACCAAUCUUACCCUCAAUGCAUUAAGCUAGCGGCAAUUAUUGCUUCACUAGCCAUAUCAGUCUUCCUGUGUGCUAUGACAAUCAUCACGACAGCUACCCCUAGAAUUACCGAUGAGUUCAAGUCGAUCAACGAUGUCGGCUGGUACGGAUCAGCAUAG